AUGGAAGUCCUACUAGGUAUCACGGGCAAGGACUUUACCCUCAUUGCCGCCUCCAAAGCCGCCAUGCGAGGCGCCACCAUCCUCAAAGCCUCGGACGACAAGACCAGGGAACUCAACAAGCACACCCUAAUGGCCUUUUCCGGUGAAGCAGGAGACACUGUUCAAUUUGCCGAGUUCAUCCAAGCAAAUGUACAGCUAUACUCGAUGCGUAACAACAUGGAGCUGUCACCAGCGGCAACGGCCAACUUCGUCCGGGGAGAGCUAGCAUCAGCACUGAGGUCACGGAAACCCUACACAGUCAAUCUGCUGCUGGGCGGCUAUGACACGAUUGCGGACAAGCCUACAUUAUACUGGAUUGACUACCUUGCGAGUCAAGCAGCGCUUCCUUAUGCGGCACAUGGCUAUGCUCAGUACUACUGUCUCUCUCUGCUCGACAAGCACCACCACCCAGACAUUGACUACGAGCAAGGCCUGAAGAUUAUGCGGAUGUGCACCGAGGAGCUGAAGCGCCGUCUACCUGUCGAUUUCAAGGGCGUAAUGGUCAAGGCCAUAACAAAGGAUGGCAUCAAGGAUGUAGAGUUUGAGGAUGAUGUGAAGGUGGUGAUCCCAUAG